CCCAGUCACAAUUUAAGCAGUAAUUGAAACCUCUUAUCCUUCCCAUCUUGCACAGACAACUGCUGCCUAGCAGUGCUCAAUUCUUCUGUGACUGAAGAACUGAGAAGGAAGUACACACAUUCAAGAGAACAAAAAGAAAUGCAGGUGGUUGCCAAAUCCACCAUGGGAUAAUAUAUAUAAGUUUACAAUAAAUACAACCGUGAACACAAUAGAGGCAGGGGGCAUUGACGCUGAAAAACGAAGGAGCAACCGCCAAAUGACACCAACUGUCCUCUUUUAGGUCCUGCCAAGACCCCCAAGAGGUGGGGUCAUUGUAUGCCCCACUAAACCGAGAACAUUUCAGCCAAUCGGACCGCGGCGCUGGCACACCAUUCUUUGUGGAGGUUUUCUAUAAGAAUACCAGCUUUGCCAUCAGUGCGUUAUACUGUUUCUGUAGCUUGAUUCAGAUACAUCAACAUGCCCGAGCCAGCGAAGACCGCCCCCAAAAAGGGUUCCAAGAAAGCCGUCGCAAAGAGCGUCAGCAAGUCCGGCAAGAAGAAGCGAAAGACGAGGAAGGAGAGUUACGCCAUCUACGUGUACAAGGUGCUGAAGCAGGUUCACCCCGACACCGGCAUCUCGUCCAAGGCUAUGAGCAUCAUGAACUCCUUCGUCAACGACAUUUUCGAGCGCAUCGCCUCCGAGGCCUCGCGUCUGGCCCACUACAACAAGCGCUCCACCAUUACUUCCAGAGAGAUCCAGACCGCCGUUCGACUCCUGCUGCCCGGUGAGCUGGCGAAGCACGCCGUGUCUGAGGGUACCAAAGCUGUCACCAAAUACACCAGCUCCAAAUAAGGUGGCCCUCCUUCAGCUCAACUAAACGGCUCUUUUAAGAGCCACUCACUCCUUCUGGAGAGUAUUUUUCCAAUCGUCGUAAUUAUGUUGUUGUCGUGUACUGAUUGCUUCAUUUGUUUAAAAAGCAGUAUAU